GUCGAGUCUCAGCUUGCAAUCCACCUCACCUCUCCAAAUCAAUUCACUAUUCUUAUUAACUACAAACCCUCCUGAAUCCUAAUGGCUGCCGCUACUUCACCAACGUCGACGAGGUCGUCUACUCAUCCUGCUACCGUUCGGCCGGUCAGCGACUUGCCGUCGGAGAAGACGGGAGAAACCAAGCUUCCUUUGAAGAAAAUUCCAGGUGAUUAUGGUCUUCCUUUUUUUGGUGCAAUCAAGGACAGACUUGAUUAUUUCUACAACCAAGGUCGAGAGGAGUUUUUCAAAUCCAAAAUCCAGAAAUACCACUCAACCGUGGUUCGAACCAACAUGCCACCCGGUCCUUUCAUCUCUUCCAACCCAAAAGUUAUCGCUCUACUCGACGCUAAGAGUUUUCCCGUUCUUUUCGACGUAUCCAAAGUUGAAAAGAAAGACCUUUUCACCGGCACUUACAUGCCUUCAACGAAACUUACCGGCGGGUAUCGGAUCCUCUCCUACCUCGACCCUUCCGAGCCCAAACACGCCAAGAUCAAACAACUUCUCUUUUUUCUCUUGAAAUCCAUCAAAGAUAGAGUGUUUCCCGAGUUUGAAGCUUGUUACACCGAGUUAUUUGCAACAGUGGAGAAAGAAGUCGCUGCAAAAGGCAAAAGCAACUUUUCCACACUUAAUGAACAAGCUGCGUUUAACUUCUUGGGUCGAGCUUACUUUGGUUCAAACCCGCCGGAUACUAAACUCGGAACUGACGGUCCGAGCUCGAUUGCCAAAUGGGUACUCUUUAACCUCGCUCCAGUUCUAUCCCUUGGUCUCCCAAAAUACAUUGAAGAUCUUUUACUCCAUACUUUUCCCCUCCCUGCAUUUCUCGUCAAAAGGGAUUACAAUAAACUCUAUGAUUUCAUCUACCAGUCGUCUGGUUUCGUUCAAGAUGAAGCAGAGAAAUUGGGUCUUUCACGAGAAGAAGCUUGCCAUAAUCUGUUAUUCGCCACGUGCUUUAAUACCUACGGUGGCGUAAAAAUUUUGUUCCCCAGCAUACUUAAAUAUAUUGGCCAAGCUGGUGAGGAGCUGCACACUAAGUUAGCGCUGGAGAUCAGAUCAGCCAUCAAAUCCAACGGCGGGAAACUCAGUAUGGCUGCCUUGGAACAGAUGCCAUUAAAUAAAUCUGUGGUAUACGAAACACUCCGGAUCGACCCUCCGGUUCCGACACAGUACGGAAAAGCAAAGAAAGAUCUUCUGAUUGAGAGUCACGACGCUGUUUUUGAAGUGAAGAAAGGAGAGAUGCUGUUCGGUUUCCAACCAAUUGCUACGAAAGACCGGAAAGUAUUCGAGAGAGCCGAGGAGUUUGUUCCCGAUAGGUUCGUAGGCGCGGAUGGGGAGAAGCUGUUGAAGUACGUGGUUUGGUCGAAUGGACCCGAGACGGAGACACCAUCGGUGGCGAACAAACAAUGUGCGGGCAAAGAGUUCGUGGUGCUGAUAGCUAGGCUCCUUGUGGUGCAACUUUUCAAGCGUUAUGACACGUUUGAAAUCGACGUCGGGACGUCCCCACUGGGGGCUGCCAUCACCAUAAAAUCAUUCAAACGAGCGAGCUCUUAGAGAUGAUAAUAAAUAUGAAUGCUGAUCGUAAAGUUUGGCAAGGGCUUUGUUAAGAUAUUAAUACAGUACUACAUCGCAAUAAGAUGAGUUUGGACCUCAGGUUCAUCUUCAACGUUGUACCUCCUUUAAUGAAAUCCGUUGGGUGUUUUCCUUUUAA